AUGCGGACCCACCUGUACUCUACCUUCGUGGAGCUGACAAAAGCCUUCCACACGGUGAAUCGUGAAGGACUGUGGAAGAUCAUGCAGAAUUUCGGCUGUCCGGAGCGAUUCAUUCAGAUUGUGCGUCAGCUGCACGACGGUAUGAUGCCGCGAGUCACGGACAACGGAGCUGUCUCAGAGGCAUUCGCAGUGGUCAACGGAGUGAAGCAGGGAUGCGUGCUGGUGCCUACCCUCUUCAGUCUUAUGUUUUCUGCCAUACUGAUGGACGACUACCGUGAUGAGCAUCCCGGGAUCCGCAUCGCCUACAGGACGGACCAUCAUCUCCUGAAUCAACGCCGCAUGCACUUCCGAUCGCGCGUAUACACAGUCACCGUUCACAGGCUUCUCUUCGCUGACGACUGCGCCCUGAACACCACCUCGGAAGAGGAGUUGCAACGCAACAUGCACCUGUUCUACGCCGCCUGCGAGAACUUCGGUCUGGUCAUCAACACGCAGAAGAUGGUGGUGAUGCACCAACCGCCACCCAACUCAGCCACUCCCGCCAGCGCGCCGCAAAUCAACGUGAACAGAACCCAACUGCAGGUGGUGGAGAACUUUCCGUACCUGGGCAAUACCCUCUCCCGCAACUCCAAGAUCGAUGACGAAGUCGCCAACAGAAUCUCGAAAGCCAGUCAAGCCUUCGGUCACCUCCAAAGCACAGUUUGA